AAGAGGAAGACCCAGGAGAAACAGCCUUUGGAGCCUGCCCCCAAGAGGAGGCCCUUCUUAACCCCUCCCAACCCAGAGGAGAACCCUGCUGCCAUCUUCCCCUCCUAUGAACCUGAACCCAUGGACGAGGGAGAGGAGGAGGAGCAGGGGGAGGUAGACGGGGAGAUCCAGGAGGAAGGGGAAGAGGAGGAAGGGGAGGAGGGGGAAGAGGGAGAAGAGAUAGAGGAGGAAGGAUUUUCUGAGGAUAAUGGGGAGCUAGGUGAGGAAGAGGAGGAAGGAGAAGAGGCAGAUGAGGAGGAGGAGGAGGAGGUGGAAAUGGAGGUAGUAGGGCCAGUGGAGGUGGAGCAGGUGGAGGAAGGGAUAGAGGAAGAUGAGGAAGCAGAUGAUGGGGAUGAUGAAGAGCAAGAGGAAGAGGAGGAGGAAGAGGAACAGGAGGAUGAGGGUGACGAAGAUGAACAUGAGGAGGAAGAGGAGGAGGAAGAAGAGGUCCAGAGUCACCAUGAGCCAGGUGAGUCCACAUUUCCAAUGUUCUGUUUUCUGGGGAAAUAAGAGGGGGUAAUAGUGUUGGGUGAAGCUGGGAGUUAUUUGCUACACUAAUAAGCUGCCACUAGAAAUUACAUCCCUGAGUCAAAGAUAUACUUCUCAUCAAAGCGAUGCACCUUUGAUGUGGCCAGUGAGAGCCAUACCUAAUCAUGAAGAGAUGGAGGCAUAAUAUCCCAGAGAGAAUUGAGUUGGGGAAAUGGGUAUGUCUGGGUGGAGGGAGAGAGGCAUGAUGGUCAAUCUGGGAACAUGUGGCCAAUAGGGUCCUCAGGAGGAGAGGGGGGUGUAAUAAGAGGUCCUCUACCUCCAGUGCACCAGAUGAACUGCCUGCUCUCCCUCCAUCAGCCCUCUCCCUCGCCCUCGCUCUCGCUCUCUCUCCGUGUCCUCAAUCGUUUCUGACAGUGCCUUCAAGAGCAAUCGAGAGAGGAGCUCUCUGAGUUAUUAACUCCCCUGCCCCUCCCCCCUCCUACACACCCCCGUCUCAGCGGACGUGUCACAUGUGCUCAGUCUCCCCCGGCCCCCUCCCCUCCCAUGGAAAUGGCUUCUCCCUAGGACAUUUCGAACUCCCGAAUCGGAACAACUCAUACAUCUCUCUCAUUCCCUUCCGGUGUCUCAAUUGCAGCUGUCCCUAAAAUCAACAGUGAAACUUAUUAGGUGAGGGAGUUACAUGGUUCUCAGAAGCUCUGGGUUAUAUGUUUUGUGAAGAAUGGAAGAAUUAGAAAGCAUUUGGUUCAUUAGUCAUACUAUAUAAUUUGGAUUUAUUAGAGGGAUUUUAUACAGGCAAUGACUGGCCAAAUAUAUGAUCUACAACCAGGGCUCUAAAGUGCGACCAAUUUGCAACAGUCCCAAAUUCUCUCUCUCUAUAAAUAUAUAUUUUUUUAAUGAUAAGGCUUCGCUGUACUAUUGUUUCCCAGGCUCAGAUUCGUUAGUGUCAUGCUUGCGCCAUUUCUACAGCGAAAACUGCUUGUUUCUAGUCCAGACAGUUCAAAAGAGCUGGCCCAUAUUACCGGCGCAAUGUUUUUUCUUUCUGUCAAGGAUUGGGGGCCCACAUUUUACACUCAUAAACCAUGUCGGUUCAAAAACUAUUCCCCGGUUGUUAACCAUUUGUUUUACACCUUGUUCAGUCAUUUUUGUUAACUCAUUAGCUAGCUAAUAACCUGGUAACUUUAUCAGUAUAUCCAAACAUCUGGGGACACAGAAAGAAAGGAAACAGGAUAGCUUCUUCAGGAGAUCAAUGGUCAUAGAAAUAAUGAAUGACAGAACUCGAUAGGAAAUAGUGCCUUUACUUCAUCUAGAAAACUAAUAUUCCACAAAUGACUUUUUCAUUUCAAGAUCAGGUAUUUGUAUCAACAUUUUUUGCCUUUUCAGGGUUACAUUGUCGUUUCUAGGUCACAACAUGUGCUUCAGAAGUAGCUAGAAUUCAUAAAGGCUAUAUCUCAAUCGAUUUAAAAUAUAUUUUUUUCUGGUGCUCCUACAUUUCAUGUGCUACCAAGUGCUACCAAUUAUUUUUUAUUUUAUUUAGAGCCCUGUCUACAACAUCAAACUAUUAAAGGGGCAAUCAGCAGUUGAAACAAUAACAAAUGGGUUCCCUGCCACUGUUUCAGUAAAAAGCUAAGGGAUGGGGCUGGUGAAAUGUAACCACUCUCAAAUUCAUAGAAAGAGCUGAGUACACAAGGACUGACCAUCCAUGAUAUUAAAAUGAUAGUUUACACCAUGUUUUAAGGCUACAAAGUCUUUGUUUACAUUUACUUUGUUUACAAACAUUGGAGUAAAACAAGCUUAUAUUUUGGGUUCUGAUGGUGUAUGACAGUUGAACUAAGCUAAUGAGGCAUUUAUAAGUUAUAUUAAGUUAUAAAUCCAAAAACGGAUGUAGCAACUGCAGAUUGUCCCUUAAAGCGCUCUAACAUAAUCCAUUUAAUGUGAUCAUUAAUAUCCAAACUAAUAUACAGUAAUACAUUGAGGCCAUUUAACGGUAGUCAGUAAAAAUCACAUAACUGGCAGAUCAAAGUAGAGGGAGAUCAAAGUAAAGGGAAGUUUUUGAAAAAUGUUGAAUUUCAUAUUAAUAUUCAAAAUAAUUAAACUAUGAUGGGCUUGUUCUUCAUCUAUCCAACUAUAGUAAGGGCUGAAAGGUCUAUCCUUCCUUUCCUGACCAUAGAGAACCGGUACAAAAAUGGCGGACAAUCAAAGCAUCAUCCUAUGGGACAGAAGGAUAACAACAACAACAACAGUGGCCCUGGCCCUAACGUCGGCCCUAAUGGUGAAGAGUAUGAAAACUAUGACGAGCUGGUGGCCAAGUCCCUUCUCAACCUGGGGAAGAUCGCAGAGGAUGCCGCCUACCAGGCCAUGACCGAGUCAGAGAUGAACAGCAACUCCUCCAACAGCGCCGGCGAGGACGAUGAUGAUGAUGAUGAAGAGGGUAGCGAGCGCCGCGGGGGCAGGAAGGGCAAGCUGAGCGUGGAUCUGGACAGCGAUGUGGUCAGGGAGACGGUGGAUUCGCUCAAGCUCUUGGCGCAGGGCCACGGCGCCGUGCUCCCCGACGACGGAUACCCAGAAGGCACCGGGGUGGAAGAUGGUGGGCAUCCCAAUGGGCGACCCCACCACCAUGGCGUCAGGGGUCAGGCUGAGGAGAGCGAGGAGGAGGUGUGUCUCAGCAGUCUGGAGUGUCUGAGGAACCAGUGCUUCGACCUGGCCCGCAAGUUGAGCGAGACGUCGCCUUCCGACCGCCCUGGACACCCCGGCCUGCAACACCACCAGGCACAUCAGAACCACCACCCUAACCAGUCCCACCACCACCUGCAGCAUCAAACCGGCCACCACCACCACCAGGCUCAGCACCAGCCUCCGGCUCAGACCCACCACCUGCCCAGGUACUCUGAGAGCUGCCAGGAGGGCCAGCAGCAGGGCCAGCAGCCAGAUGAGCGUGGGUCCCUGGAGCGCAGCUACUCGGACAUGGUCAACCUGAUGAAGCUGGAGGAGCAGCUGAGCCCGGCCUCCAGGGGGGGCUACUCGGCCAGCUGCCAGCAGGACGGGGACGAGGACACCACGUCGGUGGCCUCGGACCGCUCGGACGAGGCCUUCGACAUGACCAAAGGCAACCUGUCCUUGCUGGAGAAGGCCAUCGCCAUGGAAUCAGAGCGAGCCAAGGUCAUGAGGGACCGCAUGGCCUCGGAGGGACAUCAUAUGGUGGCCCGAAGGGACAAUCAUCAUCACCACCACCACGGCCAUGGCGAGCACAGCCCCAGACAGAGCAGCGGGGCGGAGGAGCGCAAGUCCAGAAUGCACCACGAUGGGUCAAAGAGAGCAUACUACCCUAAAGGUAACCACUCCCUGAAAAUCUCAACACACCCCAUUCACGACAUGUCAGCUAGUAUCCUCACCCUGUUGUGUACAGUAUUGAUGAUCCACACAGUGCUAACUGCAUUUCAGUCAAUCUGGACAGCGUCUAUAUUAAAUUAACUCUCAAAGGCUAACAGGCCCUUGCCUACUGACAGUGUUUCAACAGGCGCCAAUAGGCCCCACAGUAACAGACUUACGUAACAUCAAGCAGUAUAACUGAUGUCUUAUUUCACUCAUGAAUCUAAUAACAUUGGACGUUUGCUUGACCCCUGCCCAGUAGUUCAGCUCCUCCCUGGGAGUAGAUGGACACAUUUCCCCUGACUGGUCUCAUCGCUGCAUAUUGCAGUGGCAGCAGCAGCAUCGACUGCAAACUUAUGUUGUUAAAUAGGCCGGCAUGCUAACAUCAGAGCCUUGGCUUGUCAGGCAUGAGUAAUGGCAAUCUGCAAGGCCCGUUAGGACAGCAAAUCACAUCUGCGGGAUUCCAUCCACGGCCUAUUUCUUUUAAAUCCACUCUGAUACACACCCCCACCGCCUGUGGGAGUGAGUCGUCCCAUCUCUGUGUACAUUUAUUAACCCGUAAGAAAGCUUCAAAGCAGAUCAGUGGGGAGCGUUUCAGACAGGGUCAUUACGUUAGCAUCAGGGGGGUGGCAGUGGCACAUGGCGUUCAUGAUUGUUGGAUUGUGAUGCUAUAUUUUGAGUGACAUUCCAAUGGACACAAUGGAUGUUGAUCUAAAAGUGAAAUACUGCAGCUACCGGUCUGCUCUGGUUGAACCAAAGAUGACAUUUUAGUAGUUAAAAUCCAAAGCUAUUUGAAGUCAUUUCUCUAGAUAAUUCUGCCUUCAACAACACGUCUUGCCAUCAGUAGCCACAGACCGUUGAAUGGCACGAUUCAAAUCAUGCCAACACAAUCAAAUGACUAUUAAUAAGGACCACCCAUCGUCGGUUAUCACAGAUAUGUACUGUAAUGGUAUGUAAUUAACUUCCAUUAGCACAGGAAGCUAGGGGGAGGGACGUCUCAAGGAAUAGGAUUAGUAUGCAUAAUUUCAGUCUCGAGAACAUGUAGCUGGCUAUACUAUACGUAUAAGGCUCUGGUAAGACCCUACAGAUCUGUCGAAAUACUAUUUGUUUUUUUCAAAGGCCAUAAUACCAUUAUAUAAUCUAUCCUCAAUUAAUCAUUUAAAAUUCAAAGUCUUCAUCAUCAAAGGAAGGGACCAUGGCCUUUUUUCUAAUGUUGCCAUGGGGUCGGGACAACUGAUUACUAUUUCAGAAUAAAAACAUUUAGAGACAAUGCUCAUACACACUGUCUGUGCUCAAUGUGGUUGGGUUUGGGCCUUGUCCUUGGGGGCACCAUUGACGAUUGGUGGAGAUGGGGGCGAUAGCAAGCUCCAGAUAUACAUAUGGGAGAACUGCUGAUAAGCCAGUUUCAUACAGGCUUAGUCAUUCUGUGUUAUCGCCACAGCGAGUGUAAAUUUGUUAUGAAAUUGCAUUUCUGGGGUGUUGGGAUUGAACAGUUUCACAGAUUUUCCUGUGUGAGCGUGGGGGGAACAUGCAAUGCCAUGUUAAACAGGUAAGAGUAGUCUGCACUCUUAGAAAAAAGGGUUCUUCAGCUGUCUUCCAGGUAGAACCUUUUUUGGUUCCUGGUAGAACCCUUUUGGGUUCCAUGUAGAACCCUCUGGCAAGGUUCUACAUGGAAUCUAAAGGGGUUCUACCUGGAACCAAAAGGGUUCUACCUGGAACCAAAAAGGGUUCUUUAAAGGGUUGUCCUAUGGGGACAGCCGAAGAACCCUUUUAGGUUCUAGAUAGCACCUUUUUUUCUAAGAGUGUUUGCUUCUUACCACCUCAUUCUAACUACUAGGGCAAAUUUGGGGGGGGAAUAAUACUGUUAAAAACCUAUAUAAAUUUAUGACCCUCUAAAUGGAGUAAAUUAAACAACAGUGCAAUGGGACAUUCCAUGAAUAGGGGUGACAUACUGUAGUACCCUGGAUGCAAUGCUCACCUAGAUAGUGAGAUGACUUUUCAAACAACCAAUAUUUUUCUUCUUGGUAGAUUCCGCAAGGGGGGACAAGAAGGAGAGUAAAUGUCCGACCCCGGGCUGCGACGGGACCGGCCACGUCACGGGUCUCUACCCCCACCACAGGAGCCUGUCAGGCUGCCCCCACAAGGACAGGGUGCCACCAGAGAGUAAGUCCCAUUGAAAAUGUCUAACGUCCUGCUUGGGAACAUUGGAUUGAGCAUUGCCCUCCCAUCGCCUGCAAUGUGGAACAGCAUUUUUCAGUUGGAUCUAAUUUUCUUUUGAGUUUCUGGGUAACUCUUUUCCAGCAAUUGCCCUUCAAUGGUGCUUGUGUUGGGUUGACACAUGAGGUCGUCUUCCGAUCAGCAUGGUGCCGUGUUCUUUCUUUGCUUUCACCCUGCUUGAUCACUGUCCAUGCCUGCAUGCAAAGUAAUGUCUCAUCCAUAGAUCAGAUACCUAAUGGCAUGCACAUCGCUUUGUGAGACUACUUAUAUUGACCAGACAUACCUCUAUUUCUGCUUCAGUAAAGGACAUAAUGUAAUAUGUAACAUUAGUUAGUCCAGCUAAUUUCCCACCUGAUUGGUCUAUCAAGAUUUUGCAGAAAGACUAACAACAUGCUGACUACCUCUGAAUGCUGCUUGAUUCAAUCCAUUAUUUUUCUGCUGCCUGCAUGAGCAUCAACAUUACAUUUUAACAGUGCAUGCCACUUUCUCUGCUCACUACCUAAUAAUAGUUUAACAAUAACCACUGACUCUGGGUGCUCCUAACCCCUUGCUGUCUCUCUCACCUCUCCCUGUCUGUCCUAAGUUCUUGCAAUGUAUGAAAAUGUUCUAAAGUGCCCUACUCCUGGCUGCUCGGGGCGUGGCCAUGUCAAUAGCAACAGGAACUCCCACCGC